CAGAAGGAGAGACCCCGGGCAGCGCUUUUACUCUGCAGCCAGGGGAGACUGGAUUGGACCGGACUGCUCUGAGCCGCACCGAGUCAAGCCGCUGAAGUUACUGUGAUAGCUUUCUUUGCCCCAGGGGUCCAAAAUGGCUUCUGCCACCGAUUCUAGGUAUGGUUACAGAGAUGUUUCAGACCAGAACUUUGACUAUAUGUUCAAAUUACUAAUUAUUGGGAACAGCAGUGUGGGGAAGACCUCGUUCCUUUUCCGCUAUGCUGACGACACCUUCACAUCUGCAUUUGUGAGCACUGUCGGCAUAGACUUCAAGGUGAAAACAGUGUAUCGAAAUGACAAGAGGGUAAAACUGCAAAUCUGGGAUACAGCCGGACAGGAGAGGUACCGGACCAUCACAACUGCAUAUUACAGAGGGGCAAUGGGCUUUAUUUUGAUGUAUGAUAUUACCAGCGAAAGUUCCUAUAAUGCUGUACAGGACUGGGCCACCCAAAUUAAAACAUAUUCCUGGGACAAUGCACAGGUCAUUUUGGUGGGAAAUAAAUGUGACAUGGAAGAGGAAAGGGUUAUUGCUCCAGAAAAAGGAAAGCACCUCGCUGAUCAGCUGGGCUUUGAGUUCUUCGAAGCUAGUGCAAAAGAAAACAUCCAGGUGAAGCAAGUGUUUGAGCGCCUGGUGGACAUAAUCUGUGACAAAAUGUCAGAAAGCCUGGAUACCGAUCAACCUCCAGGAGGGAAAAACUUGCGUUUUACAGACACUGCUCCACCCAUACAUCAGAAGUGUUCUUGCUGAUCUGGGGCCACAAAAACACACACCCAACAUGCAAAGUUACAGUUUUGGCAAAUGACUGAUAAUACCAGAUUUGGUCAGAUUCACCCAACCUUUUCUUGGAUGUAGUUGAUGAUGAACCAGUUGUUCCUAUAUAUAGCUUUUUUUCCUUUGCAUUCCUAUUUAUUAGUACCUGGAUUUUAGAUAAGGGAGGGCUAGAAAUGCUUUUCAAACAUAAAAUACCUUCCAAUUUAAACUUGUACUUUCCAUGGCAAGAAGCCUAAAACAUAUUAAGGGACAUGCCAAAUUUCCCUUAGGCAAGCCUACUUUUGCUAAACAAAUACUGGGUCUCAGCAACACUGCCUUGUUUUGUGUGUGAAGAGCAGUCUUGUUUUUCUUAUUAACCCAUGCUUAUUUCAGGCUACACAAAGCUCUAUUCUGCAUCAACCCAUACUAGGACUGAAAUCAUUCUAACCAAGUGUAAAGUUCUGGUGUGAAAAGAGGUGUUGGCUUGAAGUUAAAGAAAAUGGUAUUAAAUGUGGCUGUAUUUACACACUUUUAUGGUACAAUUUCUUUGCUUGUUUAAUUGCUGUUCAGUGGGUAUGCCAGGGUAAGGGUAAGCCAGGUACAACAGUGCUGGCAUUAUAAGUAUAUUUAAGUAGAGCUGCAAUCAUAAAUUUUCCAUGGCUUUAUAAGGAUGAAUGGAGCUUUUAAAAAUGCAAUUUAUGCUACACCUCUUUAUAUUUUUAUUGUUUAAAUGAUUUUUAGUAGCCUUAAGGCAUGGUGCUACAUACUGUGGUAAAUUCACUUAUAUUGGGGAUCCAAAGUCCCUAGCACUUUGAAUAAAAGAUCCCAUACCUCUACUGCGGCCUGUUAUCAACUCGAUGACCUAGUUUUGGGUCCCCACCAGUAGAUUAACAUUUCCUGCUUUACAUCCACAUAAUCGUAAUUGUAUACAGAAGAGAUGAUGCUGCUGGUCUCAGUCUUUACCAUGGGAAAGCUGUAUGGUAAAUUUUGGAUUCUGAAAUACGGAUUCAGACCGUCCACCACACAUAUAUACUACCCUUUUUGAUGAUUUGUUACAGUUCCAUAAAGAAAAAGAAAUACAAGUACAAAAGGGUCAGGAUUUAACAUAUAGUACCUGAACGGAUGGAACUCUGGAAAUAAGCAACUAGAUGUUCUAAAUAUGUGUGUCUGUGAACAAGUCCCGGCACUGAAGUUUGUUAUUAACAAAUAUCACAAUAGAUGGGUAGAUUGAUAUAUUUAUAUGUAACAUAUGCAGACAUCAAAAAUGUUUGAAUUAGUGUUUGUUUUAGUUUCCUACACAUCUAAAAAUAGGAGGCACCUUUAUACACUUCUGAUUUAAAGUUAAUGUGCUAAAGUGGAUCAGGAUACACAUUAAUGGGAAAAACACUACAGCAACUGUAAUCUAUUUAAUGUCUAUUGUUCUGAGGUUGAUUGCUGUAAAUAAAUAAAGCUCAAUGUUUUUAUACUUCU